GCAGGAGCCUUCCCAGAAGAGUCUCUACAAGGAUGUGAUGCUGGAGACCUACAGGAACCUCAGAGCUAUAGGCUGUUAUUGGGAAGACCACAGUAAUGAAGAAAAUUCUCAAACUUCUAGAAGAAGUGGAAGGCAUCUUCAAAUGGAAGACAGAACUCAUACUGGAGAGAAAAGCUAUGAAGGUGUGCAAUGUAAUGAAGUGCUUUCAAGUCACAAUCUUGCUCACAUAUAUAAAGGAAUGCUUAAUGGAGCCUUUGUACUUUAUACUGGUGGUCAUAUACACAGAAGACCACAGGCAGGAGAUAAAUGCUGUGACUGUAACACACUUGGUAAAGCCUGUGCAUGCAACAGUCAACUGCAAAGCCAUAAAAGAACAAAUAAUAGUGAGAAUCCUUAUAAAUGUAACCACUGUGGUAAAGCCUUUGCUUGUCACAGGGAUCUUCAAAACCAUGAAAGGACACAUACUGGAGAGAAGCCCUAUGAAUGUAACCACUGUGGUAAAGCCUUUGCAUAUCACAGUGCUCUUCAAACGCAUAAAAGAACAGAUACUGGAGAGAAGCCCUAUGAAUGUAAACAAUGUGGUAAAGCCUUUGCUCUUAACAGCUAUCUCCAUAGCCAUGAAAGCACACAUACUGGAGAAAAGCCCUUUGAGUGUAGCCAAUAUGGUAAAGCCUUUUCGUGUCCCAGUAAUUUUCAAAAUCAUAAAAGAACACACAGUAGAGAGAAGCCCUAUGAAUGUAACCAAUGUGGCAAAGCCUUUACUCGUCACAGCCAUCUUCAAAGUCAUGAAAGAACACAUACUGGAGACAGGCCCUAUAAAUGUAACCAAUGUGGCAAAGCCUUUCCUCGUCACCACCAUCUUCAAAACCAUGAAAGGACACAUACUGGAGAGAAGCCCUUUGAAUGUAACCAAUGUGGUAAAACCUUUGCUUGUCACAGAGAUCUUCAGAGGCAUGAAAGCACACAUACUGGAGAGAAGCCCUAUGAAUGUAACCACUGUGGUAAAGCCUUUGCAUAUCACAGUACUCUUCAAAGGCAUAAAAGAACACAUACUUGAGAGAAGCCCUAUGCAUGUAAAAAAUGUAAAGCCUUUGAUUACCACAGCUACCUGCCAAGUCAUGAAAGGACACAUGCGGUAGUGAAUCCCUAUGAAAGUAACCAGUUUGGUAAAGCCUUUGUUUGUCACAGCCAUCUUCAAAGCCAUAAAAGGACAUAUACUGGAUAGCAACCCUAUGAUUGUAAUCAGUAUGGGAGAGCAUUUGCAUGUCACAGCAAUGUUCAAAGGCAUAAAAGAACACGUACUGGAGAGAAUCUCUAUGAAUAUAAAUAAUGUUGUAAAGCCUCUGCAUGUCACAGUGUUCUUCUUCUUUUUUUUUCAUCAGAUUUUAAUUUUAAUUUACCACGUACGUACAACGAAGCACUGCCUUUUCCUUAAACAAUGAGCACACCAGGGGUAAGACAACUGUUUUGAAUUUCUUAACUAUAAGAUUUCUUCCUAACAGAACUGUGAACUUUGGAUCACCUACAGCAAAAUACUGGAGAGAGAGCCACUGUGAGUUUUUCUUGGUUGUCUUUUUUUUUUCUUUUUUUUUUUUUGCUGUUGCUAAUCUCAAAAGUCCAUUGAGCCCUUUGGUGUGAUUACACUGAGACCUUGGAUGGAAAAAAUAAACCCCCAAGCAGUAAACAAACUCCCAAGUGCUCAGGCUGAAAAGAGUCAUUCCAACCCAAUAGCGGCUAUGCGGUUGAAGAGAGUUGCCAAGUCCCCUAGCAUGCUGAAAACGCUUCGCCCAGGCUGGGGCAGGAUUUUAACCUCAUCUGUACUUCCUUAACAGAUAUGGCCUGUAAGCAGAUGCUCUUGGCUGUAUGCACGGGACUAGGUGGCAACGUUCUAAAGGCUAGUCAUCUAGACAUUACACACCAAGGCGACAGCAGAAACAAAAUUCACUGCCAAUGCCUACAGAUGUUUAAUCUCUAGAACUGCUUUAAACCACAUGAAACGGCACUGGUUUUGAAAGGAUUUCCAGAGCCUAAGCAACAGGAGACAAUCCAAGUUUUAGGAUUUAGGAAAAAAAAAGAGUUCAAUGGCUGACUAGACUAAAAGAACCAACCACACAUUCAAGCAGCCCUUUGGACAAACACAGCUUUUCUGAUAUACAGUUUCCACAGCAGGGCAUGCCAAAGGUCUGACUGACAGUAAAACCCACGAAUGAGCCCACACAGAGGUGGAGCAGACAGACACCUGCCCGCCCCCUCGGGUGUCUGUGCUGGUUCUGCGCUCCUUCGGUGACUGCUGCCGGCGCCCUGUACAAACUCAGGGACAUUCCUAAGUAGGCAGCCAGCAUGUGACCUGACUGAAGUAAUACAAUGGAAUUGAAAUGGUAUCGUCUUACAUUAAAGGCUCAAAGUGUCAAUGUCACUAGCAGUUGCCCAGAAGGUAAGGAUUCAUAACUACUUAAAAACAUACAGAAUGCAGAUGAGGGUUAAACCCAGGCCAGCCGCAAUAGUAUUGCUCCGAGAGCUAACUCAGCCUUAGAAAUUGUCAAGAAAAAAAAAGUUGCUCUACUCUAGGAGACUAGUUCCACAGAUAACGGCAGCACUGUGUUUCACAGCAGCAAGAAUGGACUCAGGACCUUUGAACUUCCUCCCAUCCCCCCACCCUAUUUAAGAUUCUGAGGCCUUGUCACACUGAGGAGGGGAAGGAAAAGGGCAGAGAGGAAGGAGAUGGCAAGGAGACCGCUAUUUCCAAACGGCUGAAGGCUUGACACAGAUUUGUUCUGUUUGUGUCCAGAGAGCCAAUCGAGAAAGGACUUGGCUGAAUACAAGAAAAACAAAGCCAAAGAGCAGGUGUGUUCACAAAUGCUCUGUCCCACGUGGCCGGCAAGUGAGCGGGUCACCCCCUACCCAAGGCCAGAUCUGGUUAUCCAAGCAGCCUUCCACCAGCCCAGGACGUUACAGUAGGUGACUGCUACCUCCCCCACACCAGACCUCCAGAAGCAAGGCCAUUGUGGGGAGCAGGUGUGGCAGCAGUCCCAAGAAGGCACCAGGGACUGCAGCUAAGUCGUAUGACU